CAUAUUUAAUGAAACUUUAUAGAAAAAGAAAGUUUUGAGUUCAUAGUUUUACAUGUAUUUUUGUAUAUCAUCUAUACGCAUUGAACAGUGAAAAACUUCUUAAUCUUCUUAAUACCUGACAACCGUCAAUGUUUAAACUCUUGGAAACGUUUUUCUCGGCCGACCGAGUUGAUUUACACAUGUGCAGCGGAGACUGUGGGCAUCAGUAGGUGGUUGGGUAAAAACACAUCAGAAUUUUAUGUUUGAGAAGUUUUAUGUUUUGCAAUGUUGAAGUCGAAAACAUUUGUGAGGAAGACCCGGGCGGGCGGCGUGUUGAAGGUGGUUCGUGAACAUUACUUGAGAGAUGAUAUUUGGUGUGGGAGUGAAGCUUGCAGCGAAUGCAAACAAGAGUCCACAGUGCUACAGGAAGACGCGAUCAUUGAGAGCAGCCUGUGCCCCUAUCCUCACUAUCUGGUCCCUGACACGAAUGUGGUGCUGCAUCAGAUUGAUGUGUUGGAGGAUCCUGUGAUCCGAAAUGUGAUAAUUCUGCAGACUGUACUCCAGGAGGUUCGUCACCGCAGUGCUCCUGUGUACAAACGAUUAAAGGACAUGAUUCAGGCGAAAGAGAAAUACUUCUACACUUUCACCAACGAACACCACAGAGAGACGUACAUUGAACGGGAACAAGGGGAAAGUGCCAAUGACCGCAACGACCGGGCAAUCCGUGUGGCCGUCAAGUGGUACAGCCAGCAUCUGAAAACGGAGUCCAACACAGAUGGUCUAAAGGUGGUCCUUCUCACCAACGAUCAGGGGAACAAAGAAAAAGCUGAGGAGAACGGCCUAGUCGUGUACAAAUUUGAUGAAUAUGUUAAGAACCUGACAGCAAACCCCGAGUUAGUGGAUCGUCUGGCUUUGUCAAACGAUGAAAAGGCUGAAAUCACCAGCAGUAAAGUGUUGUUUCCAGAGCACCUUCCUCUAUCCAAGAUCCAAUCAGGAAUCAAAAGCGGCACGUUCCUCCAGGGCACCUUCCGAGCCAGCAGAGACAACUAUCUGGAGGCCACAGUGUUCGUGCAGGGAGAAGGAGAAGACACCACCGAGGUUCUCAUACAGGGUCUUCAGAAUCUAAACAGAGCCGUACAUCAGGAUGUGGUCGCUGUACAGCUGCUGCCACGCAGUGAGUGGGUGUCGCCUUCCGCCGUGGUGCUUCAGGAUGACGGGGCUGCAAAGGACGAUGACGUGGAUGAUGAGGAGGAGAAAGCGUUGAGGAUAUCAGCAGCAGAAGCAGCCAGAAAACCCACAGGAAAAGUAGUGGGAGUCAUCAAGAGGAACUGGAGGCCGUUCUGCGGUAUGCUGAAUCUGUCGCAGAUUAAAGAGUCCACUAGACAUCUCUUCACCCCUGCCGACCGCCGGAUCCCUCGCAUUCGCAUUGAAACCCGUCAGGCUUCCACACUUGCAGGCCAGAGGAUCAUGGUGGCGAUCGACGGCUGGCCCAAAAACUCCAGAUAUCCAAAUGGUCACUUUGUCCGCAGUCUGGGAAGUGCGGGAGAGAAGGGGACGGAGGAGGAGGUGCUGCUGCUUGAACAUGACGUUCCACAUCAGGCCUUCUCUCAGAACGUGCUCAGUUUCCUUCCCAAGAUGCCGUGGGGCAUCACGCCAGAGGACAUGGUGAAGAGACGGGACCUGAGGCAUUUGACCGUGUGCAGUGUGGAUCCUCCGGGAUGCACAGACAUCGAUGACGCUCUGCACUGCCGAGAGCUCGAAAACGGAAACCUGGAGGUUGGAGUUCACAUCGCUGACGUCAGUCAUUUCAUCAGACCUGGCAACGCUCUGGAUAAAGAGGCUGCUAACCGCGGUACCACUGUUUACUUAUGCGGUAAAAGAAUUGAUAUGGUUCCUGAGCUGCUCAGCUCCAAUCUUUGUUCUUUACGCUCCAACGUGGAAAGGCUGGCUUUUUCAUGCAUUUGGGAAAUGAACCACAAAGCAGAAAUAUUGAAGACUCAUUUCACGAAAAGUGUCAUCAACUCCAAGGCGUCUUUGACUUACGCCGAGGCUCAGAUGAGGAUCGACGACACCAGCAAGAAGGAUGACAUCACCGAGAGUUUGCGGGGUUUGAACAAAUUGGCUAAAAUCCUCAAAAGGAAGAGGAUUGAGAAAGGAGCUCUGACGCUGUCGUCCUUAGAGGUUCGGUUUCAUAUCGACAGUGAAACUCACGACCCCAUUGACCUUCAGACCAAAGAACUCAUGGAGACGAACUCCAUGGUGGAGGAGUUCAUGUUGCUCGCCAACGUCUCAGUGGCGCAGAAGAUUUAUGAUGAAUUUCCAGAUUGUGCUUUGCUGAGGAAACAUCCAGCACCGCCGCCAUCCAACUAUGACAUUUUACUCAAAGCGGCCAAGUCCAAGAAUGUGGAGAUCCACAUUGAUUCAGCCAAAGCUCUGGCCGACUCGCUGGAUGUGGCCAAAGUGGACGGCUUUUCGUACUUCAACACGCUGCUGCGCAUCUUGGCCACUCGCUGCAUGAUGCAAGCCGUUUAUUUCUGCUCUGGGAUGGACAGCGAUUUUCACCACUACGGUCUUGCGUCACCCAUUUACACUCACUUCACAUCCCCUAUUCGAAGAUAUGCAGAUAUCAUCGUGCACCGCCUGCUGGCCGUUUCCAUCGGAGCGGACAUCACCUACCCAGAUUUGAUGGAUAAGCACAAGCAGUCGGCUCUUUGCAACAAUCUGAACUACAGACACAAAAUGUCUCAGUACGCUCAAAGAGCUUCUGUGGCCUUCCACACUCAGUUGUUCUUCAAGAACAGAGGAAUACUGAACGAAGAAGGAUUUGUUCUGUUUGUGAGGAAGAACGCAAUCAUCGUUCUCAUACCCAAGUUCGGCUUGGAGGGAACCGUUUUCUUUGACUCCAAAGACAAAGCUGCUCCCAGCCUUGUUUUUGACGAGCAGGGUCCUACUCUUAAGGUGGAGCAGACAACAUUCAACAUAUUUGAUAAGGUUAAGGUCACCAUCAGUUUGGAUGACUCCAACAUCCAGCACCAGAAGAUCCGGAUGGCUUUAACAGAACCUGUGAUCCCAGGUGUGAGUGUUGCUGCUCCUGAUGCUGAACCUCAAGCCAAAAAAACUAAACUAAAGUGAAGCGGCGCCAUGGACCACCAACACAAGGAUGCUUCAGAAAUGAAAAACAACAAAAAAUCCGACUGGAUAGUGGAAUAUUUUUUAGACAUUUUUCAUCCUGUCCUAAUCUCAUUUUGAACAUCUCUAAAAUAUAUUGUUUAUUGGUGUAUUGACUGUUUAAUAGGCUGAAAGAUUUGUAAUAACAUAACAGAAAUAUCAUAAUUCAUUAAAAAGUUUUAGCAAACCA